UCGCAUUGCGAUUAACGCACGAACCGAUGUCGAUGCCUUUGUUUUGACCAAAAUUUUCCCGAUAUCCCAGUCGACGGCCGGGCACAGGGCUGAUCAGGUGUCGGUUGUUCUAGGACUGCAAGUUAUCAAACAUGAAAAUGGCCAACCAGAACCAGGGUGAUCUUCGCGAGCAGGUCGAGCGCCUUCAGGAGCAGAACCGUCUCCUCGAGGCUAGAGUUGCCGAGCACGAGAGACUGCAACAAUCCUGCUCGAACAACCUGGAAAGCAUGCGAACCACCCUGGAUGCCCUGCAGGACCUGUUGGCUCGAUGCCGGGCGGACAUGGUGCUUCAACAGCAGAACCAACCAACAACGGCAGCGAUCGGUCCGGAACAGCAGCCGCGUGGUAAGCUGCAACGAGCCAACUCGACACCGGCAGCGAUGAAAAGUGAAAUUGAACUGCUGAGGGCACAACUCGAGGUGUACAAGAACGAUUUCGCCGGCGAACGGAUUGCACGCCAGGUGUUGCAGCUGGAAAAGAACCAACUGGCCGGCGAGUUGCAGCAACUUCAGCAGCAGAACCGUACCCUGAUCGUCGAAGCGUUGAACGGCAGCCAAGCCGAUCAGCAGCAGCAGCAGGACUUGAGGAGCUUCAGUCGGCGGAGCAGCCGGAUGUCCCAGAUCAGUGACGCCAUCGGGGAGGACGAUCAGCACGCGGACCACCUGCAGGAAGGAUCGCACUGUCGGCACUGUGACCGCGCCUUUGGUGAUAUCCAAUCGCUGGAGACCCACAUCGACGAGUGCCCGGCGUAUUGAGCGCAGUCUGCUUGGCUUUGGGUUGGGGGGAGUUGAAGCUAAUAAAGAGAUUAGAUUUUAUGGUUUUGAACGCGCCAGAAUUAGCUGGUUCUAAAGGGCCGGAGUGCGCGAGCGUUAGGUAAUCGAAGCGAGAAGGGUACAAUACAGCAGUAAUUGGUUUAAGUGAAAUUGAUCAGGUGUGAACAAUUGUUCCCAUUAAUGACAAUCGACCAUUUGUUUUUAAAUGACGAACUUAAAAAUAAUUGUUGAGCAAUAAAUUGAU